GCCUUUGACAAUUUUCGUUGUAGUAGAAUAAAAGUAUUUCAAUUUCAAAUUGUCAGUGUCAGUACCGGAAAACGGAAAAAAAUGUCUGAAGAAUCUGGGGAAAUGGCGAAAAUAGUAAAGAAAACGAUAGAAAGAAAUCGUCAAAAAGCUAUAAUACUUAAGAGGAGUAAAUUAGUUUCUCACCCUUACAACAAAGGUGAAGUUUAUUCAGAAGACACCACAACAACCUUAAAGAUAGGCACAACCAAGUAUAAAGAUACCGGAGGGGGUUUUCUUUUGGAAGAAAACGAUGAACCCGAUGAGCUGGAAUUACUUUUAGCCCAAGAAGAAGCCCCGAUUUUAGAUUUGGACCGUCCUGUAUGUGAAGUGUGCAAUAAAACGUUUGCUACAUCUUGGUUAUUUGAUAAAUUCAAUUACAAAUGUUGUGAUGCAUGUAAAGACCCCGAAACACACAAAUUAAUUACAAAAACUGAAGCCAAAAAUUCGUAUUUGCUAAAGGAUUGCGAUCUAGACAAAAGGGAACCUCUAUUAAAGUUUAUACAGCAAAAGAAUCCACAUAAUUCUUCAUGGGGAGAUAUGAAAUUAUAUUUAUUGAUACAAGUUGAAAAACGGGCUCUGGAAAUUUGGGGAUCAGAAGAAAAUCUAGAAAAAGAAAGAGAAUUGCGGGAAGAAAAAAGAGUCAUGGCAAAAAGUAAGAAAUACGAAAAGCAACUCAAAGAAUUAAGAAAAGGUAUGCGAAGUAGCUUGUAUGAUAGGACAAAAGCUGCUUCUCAUACCCACGAAUUUGGUGAAGAAACUUAUAAUGAGGAAGAAGAUACUUAUCACAGAAAAUGUAUGACUUGUCCAUAUGAAGAAACUUUUGAAAAAAUGUAGUUAGUUUAACAUUUAUUAUAGAAUUUUACUUUUUACACUAAUAGCACUUAAGUUAUAUGUAUACAUAUUUUGAUUGUAAUUAUUUUAUUUCAAUAAAUACAUUUACACCAU